AAAAAGCAGCAGAAGAAAGAAACUGGUACGAAAAAAGCUUACUUAAAUCCCAACCACAAAACAGAUUUGCUGUUCUCACAGAGGAUCAGGAUCAUGCCAUCUGUCUUCUUUACUUUAGGGUAUCAUUGUGUGUAGGGUUUUUGCAUUUAUCUAUAAAUAAAUCACAAAGAGAAACUGAAUAGUUGAAACAGUUUUCUUACAAAUUUUAGAGUCUCUCUUGUUGAACGCAGCAAUGUCUAACUCCAACGCCGACAAGCCACUGGAAAACUACACUACCCAUCCGUCGCUUUCUUCCCUGCCUGACGAAAUCGUUUUGAGAUGCUUAGCCCGCGUACCAAGAAGCUAUCACCUAAACAUCUCAUGGGUCUCAAAACACCUAAGAGCUCUUGUCCGCUACGGACUACGAUCUAUCCGCCACAAGAGCUCCCUCUAUGUAUGUUUCCAACAAGAAUACAACGACUCAUCCUUCCACUGGUUUACUCUCAGCGAAACAUCAACGACGACGACAACAGAGUAUGGGUUAGUUCCGAACCCAACGACCUUCCCUCCUCACAAGUACGGUUCUUCAACCGUGGCAGUGGGUUCGAACAUCUUCUUCAUCGGCCGAUCUAGAAGACCUUCCUCGGAUCUAUGGAUCCUUGACACCCGAUCCGGGAACAUGACUCAGGGACCAAGCAUGAGCGUGCCUCGAAACGUGGAAGAAGCAGCUGUGGGUGUAAUAGACGGGAAGAUAUACGUCAUCGGAGGCGGAGGGUAUCAGGAAGAGAUCCAAGUUGAAGUUUUCGACCCAAAGUCGGAGACUUGGGAGCUUGCGGGGGCAGAGAACGUGCGUACGAUUCCACGGUCUAGCGCCUCCGUGGAGGGGAAGGUUUACAUAGUGGAGUACGAGAAGACGAGCGUGUACAACCCGAGGGAGUGUGAAGGAGAACGGUUGGUUAAGAUUGUAAGCGAGAGACUCUCGGAACGUGGAAGAAAGGAGACGGUGCCUGAUACUGUGGAGCGCGUGUGCGUGGUGGAGGAUGUUCUCUUUGCUUGCUUUAAGCGGCUUGGGGUGAUGUGGUUUGAUACAAAGAUUGACGUGUGGAGAAGAUUGGUGGGUCUCGAUGGGAAGGAGAUGUUUAUCUUUCAUGCGGAUGCCAUGUCGGAAUACGAGGGAAAGCUUGUGGUUUUGUACAUGUGGGGUGAGAGUAGAGUUGAUGAUAGUGUUACCAAGAGUGUUCGGUGUAAGUUGGUCUCAGUGCAUAGAGCUGGAGACAGGAUUUGUGGGACGAUUGAUUGGUCUGGUGUUGUGGGUACAGUUCCGUCGUCGUUUUGUUUUCUGCAUUGUUUAGCUGUUUCUGAGUGAUUUGAGAGAGCAAGUUGGUUGGUUGCUAGCUAGAAAGGAUUUAUCAUGGAAUCAUAUUUGGAAGGAAAUUAACAUGUUUUUAAGUU